UACAUCAAACACAAUUCAUCGUUUCAACUAGAAACUAUCAAGAAACACAGUAGCUGUUUUCAAAAUGAAGUUUUUCCUCGCAAUCAUCGCUCUGGCUUCGAUCGCCGUCACCCAUGCAUCCUACAUCCAGACCAUCUUGGAUCAUCAAGUAUCGGUGCCGGUGAGCACCACGGUUUGGCCAGCAAAUGGGCUCUACGCAAAGAAUUUGCUCCCAACUGUGACCGUUGGCAAAUAUGCUUACCCAACAGUCUACGGAAGCCAGUGGCCAGUGUACGGAAAGAACUGGGGCUAUUCGGCCCCGAUUGUCAGCAAGGUCGUUGACAAUGGUCUGUGGAACUAUGGUGGGCUCGGUUACGGAUCGGGAUAUAACAAGCAUUGGCUGUGAAAUUGAAUAUGGCUAAUAAAUAGAUGUUUAUGCAUUUUAAAUGUUAAUUUUAUAAAUCACCAGAAUCGAUAAAGGCCCCCCCCCCCCGACUUGAAAAAUAGAAAACCUCAAAAAUGUGAACGACCUAGAAACAUAAAGUAACUUAUUUUAAAUUAAUUUGUUUCAUUCUCAGAACGUAUCGCAGUAUAAUUGGAGGUAAAUACUGUUUUUCGCGUCUUUCACUUGAUGACAUAUUUAUUCCAGGAUCUAAAAAGGUUUUUCUACAAUUUGAAUUUUUGAUUUUAAGUGACGAUUUUUGCUACAAAAAGAAACACGUUUUUAUGUAUUGUAGCCAAAUCUUAGCUAAAUCGGCUGUAUAGUUCUUGAAAUAAAUAUUCC